AUGUCCCAUUUCAAGGACAAGAUUCAUGACCUCGAGGAGCACUUCAAAGACAGCCAUAUCAAUGAGAAGGCCCACCACCUGAAGCAUAGGGUCGGCAAGUUCUUUAACAUCGUGAACCCAAACCACCGCCACGAUGAAGAGCACGAGAAGGAGACAGACAGAAAGAGGACUGCCGUUUCCGAGUCAAAUCGCUUUGGGUCCUUUGCUCCGGUCCGUCAGGGAAACAAAGUCAAAUGGUAUGUCGACGCUCUCGACUACAUGUGGGCUGUCUCCAUAGCUCUGGAGCAGGCGAAGGAGGUAAUCUACAUCGAAGACUGGUGGCUUUCGCCGGAACUGUUCUUGCGGCGACCUCCUGUCGAAGCCCAAGAGUGGCGGUUAGAUCAGAUUCUCAAGCGCAAAGCUGAGGCUGGCGUUAAGAUUUAUGUGAUCGUAUACAAGGAGGUCAACCAAGCCCUGACGUGUAAUUCUGCUCACACAAAAUACGCUCUUAGGGCACUUUGCCCAGAAGGAAGCCCCGGACAUGGCAACAUCAAGCUACUUCGUCAUCCGGAUCAUAACAUUUUUGAAAAUGCCGCCGAUAUGACUCUAUACUGGGCUCAUCACGAAAAAUUCAUUGUCAUUGACUACAAUCUGGCUUUCAUUGGAGGCAUUGACCUAUGCUUCGGCCGAUGGGACGCGCAUCAGCAUCCGCUUGCUGACGUUCAUCCGUCACACCUCAGGUCGGAGAUAUUCCCUGGACAAGAGUUCAAUAACAACCGGAUCAUGGACUUCCAGAGCGUAGGGGAGUGGCAGUCCAACGAGCUCAGCAAAGCCGAGUACGGUCGAAUGCCGUGGCAUGAUGUCGCUAUGGGUGUGAUGGGUGAUUGUGUCUACGACAUUGCUGAGCACUUUGUCCUCCGUUGGAACUUUAUCAAGCGUGACAAGUAUAAGCGAGAUCCAACCGUUGAUUGGCUUCUGCUCGAGGGUCGCACUGGGCAGGACGAGGACCUCGUCGGCGUCCAGCGCCCAAAGUUUCCAGUCGGUGACUAUGUGCAGCACCCUUACACGCCUCUGAGCUCCAAGAUCCGCGGCGUGCAAGGAUCUUCUACAGCACAGAUUGUACGCAGCAGUGCUGAUUGGAGCAGCGGUAUUCUGGUUGAGCACAGCAUUCAAAACGCUUACAAGGAGAUUAUUGAUAAAGCGGAACACUUUGUCUACAUUGAGAAUCAGUUCUUCAUCACCGCCACUGGUGAUCAGCAAGGCCCUAUCCUCAACACGAUAGGACGGUCUAUCGUUGAUGCCUGCGUCCGAGCGGGCAAAGAAGGAAGAAAGUUUCGAGUAAUCAUUGUCAUACCCGCCAUUCCUGGAUUUGCGGGAGACCUUCGACAGAAUGCGGCGACGGGGACACGGGCUAUCAUGGACUACCAGUACAAGUCAAUCAACCGGGGAGAGCACUCCAUCUUCGGCCAGAUAGCGGCCCAGGGUAUUGACCCGACGAAUCAUAUUUUCGUCUUCAACUUGCGCGCGUACGACCGUAUCAACAAGACCCCCGCGCUAGAGGAACUAGAAAAAGAAGCAGGAGUAACGUUCAAUGACAUUCAACGUGGAGUUGCCGUGACACUUGCGAGCGAGAGCGUUCACCCGUCAGUAGGUCAGGAGGGUGACAAAAAUGAGGUUAACUACGGGGAUGCCGACAAGGAGAAAGAAGAGCAAAUCGCCAAGCUGCAGAAGUAUGAAGCAAAAAACGAAGCUCACAAAUCCCAACCUACCGCUGGCAACAAGGACACUGUUUCCCAUACCACAAUGCUCAACGGCGGCAAAAUGUCCGACGAGGUAUGGGAGGGUAACCCUGAAGCGGAGAAAGAGAACUUUGUUCAGGAAGAGCUGUAUGUGCACGGCAAGGUGUGCAUAGUGGACGACAGGGUGGCAAUCUGCGGCAGUGCCAACAUCAACGACCGAUCACAACUUGGAUACCACGACAGCGAACUCGCCAUCGUUGUCGAAGACCAAGACUUCAUCGACAGCACCAUGGACGGAAAGCCAUACAAGGCUGCUCGCCUUGCAGCAACCCUUCGAAGACAGCUGUGGCGGGAACAUCUCGGUCUCCUCCCAGCGCAAGACUACGAUGCUUCCGAGCACCCCAACGCCCAGCCGCCCACGAUCUGCAUGAACGAGAUCAUCGAGGGCCCAGAAAACGACUUUGUCACGGACCCCUUGAACGACGACCUGUGGAGGACGUGGACCGACCAGGCUACCGUAAAUACCGACCUCUACCGACAACUCUUCCGCACAGAUCCCGACGACAACAUUCGCACGUUCGAAGAAUAUGACCAAUACCGCUCCAAGAACGGAUAUAAGCUAGGCCACUUGUACGAUCCGUACAUACCGGUUCAGGAAGUCCGCGAGAAGCUCGACAAAAUUAAGGGUCAUCUCGUCUGGAUGCCUCUGGAUUUCUUGAAGGAUGCUGAAAUGGCGGAGCCUGGACUGCAAGUCAACCAGUAUACGGAAAGUAUCUACACCUGA